AUGUAUGAUCUGUUUGAGAAGCUCUCCAGUGGGCAAGACUGGAACAGGGAACCUGUGUCCAUGUUAGAAACUGCAAACUUUGAAAACAUGAUCUUUAAUUUUUAUUUCAACCACACUAAAACGUUCUUCCGUGAACUACCCGAACCACUGCUGACAUUUGACCUUUAUGAUGAGUUUAUACAGGCUUCUGAAAUAAAGGAUGAGCGUGAGGCCAUUCAGGUGUUGUUCACGCUGACCCAGAAGUUGCCCAAGGUCAACCACGAUGUACUUGAGCGCCUCAUAUUCCACCUUGCCCGUGUCAUUCAACAUGAGCCCAGCAACAAGAUGUCUGCCAAUGGGAUUGCAAUCAUAUUCGCUCCAUGUCUGCUGCGCACUAACAAGGCAGUGCAGGCACAAGAGCUGCUGAAACAAAUCAAUAAACAACAGCUGUGCAUCGAGAAAAUCUUGAACGAACAAGUAAGGAAGUAUAGGGAAACCCUACAGGAUAUUAAAAUAAUCGACCAAGCCAAGACUACUGCUGAAGAGAGAUUGACCAAAGUUCGGCAGAGUAUUAGGGCAACUCAGUCUAAGACAAAUUCAAAGUCAAAGAAGGACGUGGAGUCUCAGCCAUUGGAAGAGGACCCAGAGAGCCUGGAGGAACAAGAGAGAGUGAUCAACUCUCACAUCAAGUCGCUCAGAAAAGAAAAGGAGGAGCUCACGUCUGGAUUGCCCAUGUUUGAGUAUCGACACAGCUCCGAUGAUGAUAUCGACGACAUAGACUCCACAGAAGACGCAGACCUUCAGUCGAAUGAUUCGCCAUUUGACGGCCCAGCCAAAGCUCCUGCUUCACUAAACAAAACUGUGGGUGAUAGAACACAGCACUCUUCUGCAACACCAACUUCUCAGAUCACCAGUCAACGAAGAGUCAGUGAAGGAGAUGUUAUUGAACUAAGUGACCUCAGCAGUCUUGACCUCAAUCAAGGUCAAGUACAAUCUCCAGCCAGUGGCAUGUUGAUGAGCGCUCUGUCUGACAGAGAAUUGGCGCAAGCUAAGAAGUAUGUCUAUGUGGAGGAGGAACACUAUGACAGUGACACUGGGCAUAUGGAACAGCUGAAAGACAUGCCUGUGGCAUACACUGUUUCAGUGGAUGAACGACAGCUAGAUGCGCUUCUUGAUCCAGUGAUGGGUGAAAGCGCCCUGGCUAAUGUAAAAAACGGUAGUGAACAUUACAGAAAGCAUGCAAAAUCACUGGAUACCAGUGUGAUUGGGAAAAAACUUAUGGAAAAAAAGAAAAAGCCACCAACACCAAUGGCUUUCUCAGGAGAUCCAGAUUUGAAACCAAAAAGUGGUGAACCACCAGCACAGGUGCUAAUGAGACUUACCAAGCCUGCUCAACUUUCUAAAGACACUAAAUAUUCUAGGCUGAGCCUUGACAUUGAUCAUAAAUCAUGGAACUGGCGUAAAGAACUUGCCGAAAGGCAUGCUGAGCCAGACAGUGCAAUAUUUGGAUCCCCUCCGUCUGAACUAACAACGAUGCCAUCUCCUUCAAAGUCACAGCACACUGCUAAGUCUAGUAGAAAACAAAGCCUGGAUUGUGCUCACUUAAAUAAAAGUAACAGCAGCCUGAGCUUGAUGGACACUAGCGACUCAGAUGACGGUGAAAUUAUGGUCUGAAUUAUUACCUUUGCAUCUUUUGCUUGAAUGUACUGAAGUGCACUUACAGGUCAACUUCUCCAUAGUGUAAUAUAAUAUAUAAAGUAUUUAAAGUGUAUAUGGACUGCUUUUUUGUCUGUACUAAAUAUAUAUGUAUAAUGUUAUUGUGCAUUUGUACAUUUGUAUUUAAUCUUAUAAAUUUUAACUUAUCUAUGUUUUAAAUAUUACAAUUCAGUUCUAUGCUUAUAGUUAUAUGCUUAUAAAUUGUCUGUGAUCAUUCAUAAAAUUGUUCCCAGCAAAACCAGCUUUAUAAAUGAAGAGAAACUGUAUCGCCAAUUUAAGAUCUAGUCCACGAGGCAAGAAUCCAAUCUUGUUCUAUAUGCUGCAUCAUGCAUGGUUUUGUGGUCUAAUAAGCAGAAAGGGUAGCUACUGACUAUUAGUGCUAUUAGCAGAUGCCAGGGCUGGUUUGGAGCUAAGCUGGUCUCAUUUGGUGUGAGACCCACUUAUAUGAUGCUGCUCAUUUGUAGUGCAUACUACAGGUCAUUGAUGUUCUGUAAGUAUCUUGUUCUUGUAUAACAAUGAAAGGCUUGUUGCCAUUAUCCAACGGGUCUGUGUAUCCAGUUUAUUCACUCAGUAGUGCUAUAGAUGAGGCUCGCAGGCUUGUUGCCAUUAUCCAACGGGUAUGUGUAUCCUGUUUAUUCACUCAGUAGUGCUAUAGAUGAGGCUCCCUCUGGGAAAACCAGGCUUAAUGCAUAUGCAUAAAGUGUCUUCCUAUAUUAGCCUGUGAAGUCUGUCAACCAAUUUUGUAUUUUCAUCUAUUUAAAAUCAGCAAUUAAUACAGAAAGUGAAGCUGAUUGUAAAAUAUUUUGUUGUUAAUUUCUCUCACAAAUAUCCAUAUAUGCUUGUUGAUGAAGUUGUUUAGUGCUUUUAGCAGUACUGGUAACUUUUACUUUGUUGGUACACGUAUUGUUGUUUGCACUGCUUGAUAGAGCACGCUAUUUAACUUAGUUGGGCAAUGCCUGACAGUAAUAUGGUCAAAAGAAAUGCAAUAAGGUUGCUGCUUGAACAUUAUAUUUCAGCAAUAAAACUAACAUUAUUUAUAUAUGUCUUGCAAUAGUAUAAAUGUUAGUCAGGCUUUCAACAGUUUGUUUUAAAUAACUAAUAAAUCUCUAUAAAUUCAUAGCAUAUAUUUCAUGUAAAUGUUCAAGAAUAACAAAGUUGAUUUUUUAUGCUCCCCCAAAUUGUUUUUUGGGGGAGCAUAUAGUCGCCGCUUCAUCUGUCCGUGCGAGUGUGUGUCCGUUGGUGCACAAUUUUUUUUCCGGGCUAUUUCUCAGCAAUUAAUGACUGGAAUUCAAUUAAACUUAAUGGGAAGCUUCACUACCAAGAGGAAAUGUGCAUAUUAUCAGCCGGUUCUGGUCGGAUGAUUUUUCACAGAGUUAUGGUCCUUUGAAAUUUUCCAUUAAUUGUACAUAUAGUGCAAUUCUUGUCCCCCCAACUACUGACUGGAAUUCAAUGAAGCUUUAUGGGAAGCUUAACUACCUUGAGGAGAUGCGCAUGUUAUUUGUGGGUUCUGGUUAGAUGAUUUAUUUAGAGUUAUGGCCCUUUGAAUUUUUUAAGUUGCUAAACCAUCCAUCGUAUUAUUUUGUCCAAAGUUAUGCCCCUCAAGACGUUUCCUUUUAUCUGAAUAUAUAGUGCAAUAUUGUGACAAAAAAAAACUUUGGGGAGCAUCACCCGUCUCAGACGGUUUCUUGUUUACUAAUUACUGCUGUUUUUUGUAUGUUUAAGAAAGUUUGUUGACCUUAUUCUUUCUAAUUAUUACAUGCUGUAAGCCAUGGCGUCAUGAUACAGAGAGCGAGAGUUUGAACCAUACAAACCUGUAGUCCAAGAUUCUGUAGCCACUAAAAGGAUAAACAUAUGAAUAUGAAAACAAUCGAAUCUUUAUGAUUUGAACAUUGUUUCAUGUAACACUAUUGGGUUGGCAUUAGUUUGCCAAGUAAAUAGCCCAUGCUUUGUGAAAUGGGGGUUUAAUGCAUGUGCGCAGUGUCGUCCUAGAUAAGCCUGUGCAGUUUGCACAGGCUAAUCAGGGACGACACUUUCCGCUUUUAUGAUAUUUUUGGUUUAAAGAAAGUCUCUUCUUAGCAAAAAUCCAGAAUAGGCAGAAAUUGUCCCUGAUUAGCCUGUGCGUUAAAACUCCACUUCACAGAGCGAGGCUGAGAUGUUUGUUUCUAAACCACAGUGUAAAGUAUGAUCUUGAUUCUUGCAUAGAUCAGGAGCCCUAGUUAGUGUAUAGCAUUUCCUAUAAAAUAUGCUUCAAUCAAUGUGCCAGUCUUUCCUCAUAAAAUUCACCUUAUAGUCUUCAUGCAUGAAUAGACUGUUAUUUUGUUGUUCAAAUGUAAAUGUUGUCAAAGAAAAUUUCUUCAAUAGUUCACAGUUAAAAUGUGAUAAGAUGCAUUAAAUAAAUUGUGAUAACUAUUACUUGAUAUUUCUCUUGAAGCAUUGUGCUAUGUUUAGUUGAUAAGUAGUUAAGUUUUUACAUUAUUUGUGUUCAGAUGUUGAAAUUAAUGUUCACAGUUUGCUUUCAAAUAAUUUCCAAUUUUGUGUGAUGUGAUUAUUGUAUGAGAGUAGGUUCAAUGAAACACCUUUAUUUUUAGCUCACCUGAGCACAUUGUGCUCAUGGUGAGCUUUUGUGAUCGUCGUCAUGUGUUGUCUGGCAGUUCCAAAGACGUUUGCCUUGUAAACACUCUAGAGGCCACAUUUAAUGUCCGAUCUUCGUGAAUUUUGGUUAGAAGAUUUUUGCCCAUGAUAUUUUGUACAAGUUUGAAAAUGGUUCUGGUUGAUUGAAAAACAAGGCCGCCCGUGGGCGGGGCAUUUUUCCUUAUAUGGCUAUAUAUGACUUAAGUUAAACCUUAAUUUUUGUUAUUAACAGUUUUGAGGCAACAUUUAUUGUCCAAUCUUCAUGAAACUUGGUCAGCAGAUUUGUUUUAAUGAUAUCUUAAAUGAGUUCCAAAAUGCCUCUGGUCUGUUGAAAAACAUGGCCGCCAGGAGGCGGGGCAUUUUUCCUUAUAUGGCUUUUCUAAAACUUGUUGUGCGGCGGUUCCAAUGACAUUUGCCUUGUUAACACUCUAGAGGCCACAUGAUUAAUUGUCUGAAUUGUCUCAUCAUCAUGAAACUUAGAAGAUUUGAGCCAAUGAUAUCUUGAACAAGUUCAAAAAUGGUUCCAGUUGCUUCAAAAACAUGGCCACCAGGGGGCGGGACAUGUUCCUUAUUUAGCUAGAAUUAAAACAUAUUAACACUCUAAAAGUCACAUUUUUUGCCCAAUCUUCAUAAACGUUGGUCACAACAUUUGUUUUUAUGAUACCUUGGAUGAGUUCCAUAAUGGUUCUGGUCUGUUACAUUUAUAGUUCAAUCUUCAUGAAACUUAGUCAGAACAUUUGUUCUUCUGAUUUCUUGGGCUGCACAGAACAGGUUAGUUUCUUUGUAUCUCAGGUGAGCGCCUUUGGGCCUUUCAGACUACCUUGUUUUAUAGCUAACACUAUUUAUACCGGUUUUGGGGAUUUACAGUUCAAAAAUAUUGGAAAAAAUAGUUUUAAUGGUUGAAAGAAAAGAUUAUUGUAAAGUCUGGUACAAAACUCUCUUGAAAAUUCUGUUAUAGGUUCACAUAUACGUGCAUUAGAUUUAGAUGUGAUUAUUGACAUAUUUUCAUCAUUUUUCCAUUUAAAUUGGCUUCCACUCAAUUUCAGCACGUUAUGGUGCCCCUGUUUUCCCGUUUUUCUUUUCAUGCAUCUGGGAUCUGAAUGUGAUGAGCUUAAUCCUGCAAACAAAUACAUAAUCAUGUUCUAAUUGCAUUGUUUUCUUUUAAAUGAGUGAGAAUGUAUCAACUAAACUUCAUAUUGUCAGUUUUGUUCUCAAAUUGAGGAUUACAUAAAUAUAUUUUUCAUAUAGCAAUGUAAAUUGUUAUUGAUGUCAUUUGUUAUAUAUAUAUUAAAUAACUUUCAAAAAUGUUUGUUACAUAAAACAUUUAAAUAUAGA